AUGACUGUCUAUCGCGAUAACAUACACGGAUCUAUAGAGAUUGAACCGUAUGCCAUGCUCAUUAUCAACACACCGCAUUUCACGCGACUUCGUUAUCUUUCUCAGUUAGGCUCAACUAGAUAUAUUUACUCGUCUGCAACACAUUCCAGAUACGAGCACUCUAUCGGUGUCUAUCACCUCACAAAACUGCUGCUGGACGUAAUUUACUCUUCAAAGAAGCAGUGCCACCGGCGGCUCCGUCAGCUUGUCUGUAUCGCGGCCCUGUGCCAUGAUCUAGGCCACGGGCCCUUUUCGCACCUUUUUGAUCUGCUUCUAACAGCUCACUACCCAUCUGCACCACUGCACGAGCAUCGGUCUUGUGUUAUCUUUGAGGAUCUGCUGAAGUAUAUUAGAGACAAUCAUCCAGAGGAAUACCAAACCCAUCUUAGUAUAGAUUCUUCAGAACUAGAAGCCAUCCGCUCGCUGAUCCUCGGAAAGCUCCCAGCGAGUGAGGAUUUCAGGAAACGGGAGUAUCUGUGUAGAAUCGUGAGCAACUCCGUGUGCGGAAUAGACAUGGAUCGCCUGGAUUACCUGCUUCGAGAUAGUAAGGCACUGGGCCUUGGGGUCACGAUUGACCUGAUAGAGCUGAUCAAGUCGGUAACAUUGCGGAGCAUUAAGCCGAAGUCAAUCGGGGCUUCUGAGGGUUGUCAACAGCAGCAAUCUAGGUGUGUUAUUUGUUAUCCUAGUAGGCUAUCUUUUGAGAUAAGCCAGAUUUUUCAUACGCGGUAUAGCUUAUUCAAGAUGGCAUACAAUUCACCGGCUUCUCGCUCUGUUGACGCUAUGCUUAAAGAUAUCUUGACACUUGCAACUGAUGCGGGAUUUUUAAAUUUAGGCCAGGUUAUUGAAGAACCCUUGACAAUCAAUAAGUUGGACGAUCGCAUUAUCUAUACUAUUCGACAAUCUCUUGACCUUCUUCCCGCUGAUAAUCACAGUGAGCUGAGGAGUUUGUUGCGACGCUUUGACGUCAACGAUUUUUACAUGGUCCUUUUCUCGCACUCCUUCCCUGCAGACGCGCAUCAACAUCCCUUGGGCGAUCCAUCAGUAAGCUGUAGCUGCAAAGUAGAGUUUGUGCGGUACCUUCUUUCUGCAGUUAUGUCCGACGAAGAAAUUCGCGCCAACAUAAUAAUAGAUGCCUGUGAUCUUCACCACGGAAAGAAAGCAGCCAACCCAAAUUUAUAUGUACCGUAUUACAACGGUGACUUUACUGACAUAACUGAUGAGCUUAUGACGGAGCUGUUUCCAACGCUUCCGCCGAGCACGUCCACGAUACAGCACAACAUAGUUCUUAAGCCGAUCGACGCUGGUAGCCAAUACACAGAUUUAGGUAUUCAAAAUAGCCGUCAAUUCAAUCCCGGGUUGCAAGAUGAUGUUUCUACCAUGGAGCUGUUAUUGAUUGAGCAGAACUUUAACGUUGAUCAGCGGACCCAAGACUUAAUAGAAGCACCAGACAAUGUGCUCACCAAUUCUCCUCCACAAUAUCAGAGCCAUAGCCAAAUGUACAGUAACGAUGAUUACUCUGCGCCAGCAUCUACUUCUGUUGACAGUUUAAUAGCAGGAUACAUCAAGGCCUCUCAAAAGAAGGACGCAGAAAGCAAUGCUCUCGAAACAGAACAGCGGUCAAAUGUGAGGUCCUAUGAGGCGCAAGGGAUGCUGAGCGUAAGCAGUUUCCAAGAGACAAUGAUUAAUAUCUAUCUUCGACCAUCAAAGCAUUCUCCCGACUUUUCUGCGCUUCUAGAAAGAUGUCUGCGCCAAAUCAUGACGGCCUUUAUUAGGUACAUGCGGGUUUACAAUCUGUGGUUUAACAUGUUGGCAGCUAUCCCUGGUGACUGCACCAAGCUCUUCACAAACCCUCAAGAACUACACAUAGAAAAAAAGAUUGCCUAUCACAUAACUGGGGAAAGACAUCUAUCAACUCCUCCGGCCACCAGAGAGUCAGUUCGGCACCCCUUUUCAUCUGCCAGCUCAUUGAACGACUCAGACGAGCUGGAUGAGGAUAUGCCAGAGCCCCACAUCAAGUACCAAAAGCCAUGA